AAUUUCCGCUUGCUCUCCUUCCUGUGUUGAUACCCGUCCCCAGUAAAGGCACUCGGAGGCCAUUAUCCUGCAACCAUUUUCUUUUCUUUUAUACUCGAAGACAAUUCGUUUUAAUAAAUCCAUAAUCUAUUCGUGCAGGUUGACUAAGCGCUUCUUGGAUACCUGCGCAUUUACAAAUCGUGAGGGACUUGCACCUCUCGACAAUCCUUCGGAUAAUUUCGGCUGCUUUCGUGCGCCGCUGUUUUGAAAUGGACGCGACUGAACCGGCGGCGAAAGCACUCGAGCUGGGCGACGCGUCCGAGAGCGCGUCCGCGGGAGAGGCUGUGGGUUCGGAUACCGAAUCGGAGGCCGAAGUCGCCACGAUGACUGUGAUGGGAGAAGCGGGAAACAUCGACAUCGCCGAAUCCCUGCCGAACCCAGACGAUGCCGAAGCGGCGUUUGCAGAGAUCACAGCCGUCACUGUUGGGGACGUUCAGAGUUCAAAUGAAACCGUGUUCACAUCCACCGUCGCCACAGCAACGUCCAUCCCUGAACACGUGCUUGUAAGAGACCAAACAAUUUCUCAUUUCAGGACAGGCAGAACCACGCUUCAGAUCGCAGACAGUCUGAGUACCCAGAAGGCCACGCUGAUCGUGGUGCACACAGACGGGAGUAUCGUGGACGCCACAGGGCUGAAAGGCACCGCGACACCAAUGACACCUGGUCCUCAAACCCCGAGCACCCCUCUGACAUCCGGACACGAUAAAGACGGCUCCAAGUACAACUGGGAUCCGUCGGUUUACGACAACGAGCUUCCCGUGCGCUGCAGGAACACGAGUGGGAUUCUGUUCAAAAACAGACUGGGAUCAGGGGGCAAAGGGCGCUGUAUCAAACACAACAAUCACUGGUACACCCCGACGGAGUUUGAGAGCAUGUCGGGGCGAGCGAGCAGCAAAGACUGGAAGAGAAGCAUCCGCUACGCUGGCCGACCUCUACAGUGUCUCAUUCAGGAGCGUAUUCUGAACCCUCAUGCAGCGUCCUGUACGUGUGCGGCCUGCUGUGAUGAUCUGUCUUCAGUGAGUGACAUGUGUGCCAAAGACGGGCCUUUCGGAGGGGAGAACAUCACUAUGACGGGUCCCGUCAGACUGUUCGUCCCGUAUAAAAGAAGGAAGAAGGACAAUGAGCGGUCAGCUUCUCCUGAGAAGAAGGAGGUUCAGUCUCCAAAGAACAUCACCCUGGCUCCAGGAGCAACAUUUACAGUGACUCCGUCCGGUCAGAUCACCACUUCAGGAACACUGACCUUUGACCGAACGGCGACAGGAGAGACGGCGGCCAUCAUCUCCGACAGCCCUGCGCCCGCUGACGUCUUCACCAACACGACGGUGUUGACCACUCUUCCUGCGCUGGCGGUGGUCCCUCAGCAGGCCGUGGUGCAGUCUAAACCCCCUCCGACCGGGACACUAAUGAACGGGUUAGAGAUGGGUGAGCAGCGCACAUGGCUUCACCUGGAAGAGAUGGCCAACACACUGCUCAGCAACGUCCAGCAACUCAAAGUCCUCAUCGCACAAGCCAAACAAGCCAGUCAGAGCGGAGCGCAUGUUGGCAUCAGAAAAGAGUCCUUUCAGAGUCAGUUGUCACUCGGUGAAGAACCUGAGGGGAAAAUCACUGAAAUUAUCAUUAAGCACACGUGUGUGAACUGCGGUCGAGAGGCGUCCAGCGAGUGUACGGGCUGCCAUAAAGUCCAUUACUGCUCUGGCUUCUGUCAGCGGAAGGACUGGAAGGAACAUCAACUGAGCUGCUGUCAGCCGAGCACAGCCGUCGGCCUUCAGGAAGAGACUCAGAUGGCUGGCGUGGAGGUGGAGAAAGGGAAGGUCUAGCGUAUGACGUUCAGAUGGGCGAUCGCUUCCGUUCGUGUUUUAGUUUAGCUAUAAAGCCGUGUAGUAGCAGCUCCCUUACACACUGUGAAAAAUUAAGCAUACGCGGAUGGCGUCAGUACUUUCUGUACCAUGUGAACGGUUUCACCCUCUCGCUAUGGAUUUUGUAUGUGAAAAUAAUCCUUAAAGGGAUAGUUCACCAAACAUGAUUUACUCACCCUCAUGUCGUUCCAAACCUGUAUGACUUUGAACGCAAAAUUAUUUUUAUACAAUGAAGAUGAGUCAAUAAAAUGAGUCUCUUGAAUCUCAUUUGCAUAUUCAUGUGUUGUUUUGUGCGUAUAUUAAAUAUGGAGAUCGGAACGAGUCAUAUGUAAGACUUUUAUUAUAUUUUUAUUGUACUGUUUUAGGUAGACAGCCCUUGCCCUCAUAAAAUGAAUUUGGAGCAGCUUGGACAUUCUUCGUAUUAUUUUGUGUCUUACAGAAGAAAGUCAGUCAAACGGGUUUGGAACAACCUGAGGGUGAGUAAAUGAUGACAGAACUGUUAUUUUAGGUGAACUACUACUUUAAUUAAGAUAAUAAUAUAAUUUCAGAAUCUAAUUCUAAUGAAGGAUUUACAUUUUUACAGUGUUUUCAACACAAAACGGAAAUAAAUGGGGAAAAAUAUGA